AUGUCGUCUUCGUCAACUUCCGGCUCGCAACAGCCGCCCAUCGUCUUAUACCACUAUCCGUUCUCCCCCUAUGCCAAACGGUUAGUCUGGUAUCUUCACCUACGUGGCAUUCCGUACACCCAAUGUCUCCAACCAAUGAUACUCCCCCGCCCUGACCUCUCCUCCCUUUUGGGAAUCAAGUACCGCCGCAUCCCCCUCCUCUCCAUCGGCAAGGAUGUCUACCUCGACACGCGCCUGAUCUUGUCCAAACUCGAAGAACUUGAUCUUCCGUCCUCCUCUCAACCCAAACUCUCCGCGGCCCCUGGAACCGACGGCCUCGCCCUUGAGCGUCUCCUCUCGCACUACUCCAUAGACGGCGGUCUCUUCUCGCGCGCCGCGCAGCUUUUGUUUUCCUUGGACAACCCCCUCUUGCGCGACCCCAAAUUCCUUGCUGAUCGCGCCGAGCUUGCCACGGGAGGCGGCGCUCCCCCCAAGUUCGCCAAGGAAGACAUGGCAGCGCUAGGUCCCGAGGCGCUCGCGGAUCUCAGAGAUUACUGCCAGAUGCUGGAGACGACGGUGCUUGCCGAUGGACGUGACUGGAUUCUAAAGGACACCCAGAAGCCGGGGCUGGCGGACAUUGAAGCAGUGUUUGUGCUGCACUGGGUCAAGAGCUUACCGGGCGCGUUGCCGAAGGAGCAGUUUAGCGAGGAGAAGUUUCCGAGGGUGUGGAAGUGGGUGGAGAGGUUCAGGGUGGCUGUUGGCGAGACUACCAAGACCAAGCCUCCUCAGAAGGACGGCCCCCUGAUCACAACGGUCAAGGGCGAUAAGGCGCAGGAGAUGAUUCUUGGUGCGGGGUGGAAUGAGAAGGACUUGGAAACAAAGGGGGUGGAUGUUGGAGAGGCGAUUGUAAAGUUGCAUGGCCUGAGGAAGGGGACGGUGGUGGAGGUGUGGCCGACGGAUAGCGGGUCGGGGCAGGCUCAUAGGGAUGUUGGCAAGUUGGUGAGUUUGGAUGCCAGGGAGGUGGUGAUUGAGAAUGAGAAGGGCGUGAGGGUGCAUGCUCCUAGGCACGGGUUCCGGGUGAAGCCAUCGUCGCAGGCGGUUGCGAGUAGCUUGUGA